AUGUCAUCACGAGGAGCCAACCAUUAUUUCGAGGAAGGAGAACACCAUCAUCACGACAUUGAAUUACAGGAACCAACAUCCACACCAUCACCCAGACUGAAAUCUAGUCUCAAACGAAAUUCAAAAUACGGACAAGUAGCAUCACCUCAGGAGAAAGAUAAUUCCUCUCAGGACGAUGGCUCGGGAACUCCUUUCAAACAACAACAACAACAACCAUUCACCGAUGUGGCCAAUCAUGAAGAUUUGGAUGAAUUUGAAAAUAAUGGAUCUAAUAUUAACAAAUCAUCAAAUACGAACACACCAAUUGAUUGGCAAAAACUCAGCAAUAGAGCCAUCUAUUUCUUGAUCGGACUCACAAUGGCAUCACUGCUGACAGGCUUCUCUCUAUAUUUCAUCAUUACGGAAAUUGUAUUCACCAAAGCAUUGGUUCCGAAACCUGAUAAUUUUCAAUGUUCGGAAUUUUCUGGGAAGGCAUUAGAGACACAUUUAAAUCCAACUUUUUCACCUGGAAUCGUUUAUUGGAAUUCGAGUUUUUUAUUAAACGCACCUGGAGAUUAUGUGUAUGCUAGAUAUGAAACAAGUUCAGUGACUUAUUUGAAUUACUUUUCGUACGUGAAGGAGUCUAUUUGUGAUCACUAUCCAACGAUGGAUCCAUAUUGUAAGACGAAUAGCCCUGAAGUUUUGAAAUUUCAACUGUAUUAUGCUCAUGGUUCCACAAGAAAUCAUUUUGCCAUGCAAAUUGGUGAUAAAACAUCACAUUUGGGAUUUAUCAAGUCACACAAAUUCAUGGUCUACGACUGUCACGACAAUGAAAUUGGUUCCAUUAAGGAAAUUCAAGAAACGACAGUGAGCACUUCGGCCGAUGAUUCGAACAAUGAUUUUGUCAUCUUCUCAGCCAAUGAAACUCAAGUGUUAGCUCUUGUCAUUGAUCGAAUUGUAUAUCUUCCAAGGCAAAGCAAUGAUGAACACACCUAUGUGGAGUAUGUUUACAAGUCGCCACGACAUGGCAACAUUUACCCAGGUCAAAAGAUUGCCUUCAUUGAGAGACAUAACAUUGGAACUAUGGAUAAGCGAUACUGGUACACGAUGAAAAUUUUCAAACGUGUUGAAAACCCAAAUCUCUUUGUUUUAUAUCAUUAUAUGGUCCCUUAUUACUACACACUCUCGACGCAGGGUUAG